AUGGACGCGACGUCUUCCACGCUCAACGCCAAGCAGCGCCGCAAGCUGCUGCGCGAGCAGCAACGCAAGCAGGCGGAGGGCACUGUAGCAACAGCGACGACCGACAUCAAACAGGAGGCCUCAGAACCAGUGAAGGAGGAGGCCGUCGCUCAGUCGAAGCCCGUCAAGAAUGAAGCUCAAGAUGGCGGUGCGCAACUUAACGCCAAGGAGCGUCGGCGGCUGGCGCGGCUAGAGAAGCAGACGCUCAAUGCGCAGCAGCGGCGGCUGCUGAAGCGCCAGGCCAAGCGCAAAGCCGAGGGCGUCGAGGAGCUCAAGCCGCCAGUGAAGAAGCAGAAGAAGGCGAGGAAACAGAAGACGGACGAGGAUGGCAAACCGGCCAAGAGCAUCCACCUGACUCUGUUCGUGGGCCAGCUGCCCUUCCGAGCCACGGAGGAGUCCAUCCGCAAGCACUUCGCCGAGGCGGGCGACAUCAAGCUGCGCAUGCUCACGGACAAGAAGACGAAGAAGUUCAAGGGCACGGCCUUCAUUGAGGUUAAGGACAGCAAGGCGCUGGGCGCCGCGCUCUCCCGCCAUCACACGCUGCUGCAGGGCCGCCGUAUUAAUGUGGAACUGACGGCCGGCGGCGGUGGCAACAAGUCGGAGAACCGUCGCAACAAGAUCGACACGAUGCGGAAAAAGCAGAGCGACGUGCAGGUGGAGAAGACCAAGGCGCUGAUCCAGAAACACAUCGACGGCCGGGAGUACAAGCUGCAGAAGGACGACGUGGACGAGCGGAUGAUCGACUUCUUGUCGUGGUUCGACUACGAGACUGCGAAGAAGGCGCUAGAGGAAUACAACCGCUGUGUGAGCGACCGCGUUAACAACCGCAAGGCGUUCUUCAUGGGUAUCCUGAAGCGCUUCCGCCAGACGGACGGCGUGGAGUAG